UCUUUUGGUCCAGUAGUUGCAUGUUACUAUGCGCUUGCAAAAUCUGUCAAAGCCCUACUCCCCUUGCCAUCAGGAGCAACGCUAACUCGAACCCUGUUUGUCGAUUUUUUGUCGCAUUGGAUUGGUUAGACGGCGGGAAUUUAGUGCUCAACUCAGCUAACCACUGCCCUGCUAUUCUGUAAAACAAAGCUAGUACAAAAUAGUUUGCUGCUGUAAGGCUAGUCUAAGUCUAUAAAGCUAUUUGCUAUGUUUUGCGACGCGGUUUUACGUUUCUUCCAACGCCAGCUGGCGUACAAAAAGGGCAUGAUGUUAUUUAACGUUCAAUGGUCGAACGGAGUCGUUGGCAGAGCUCGUGCCAACCUUUCCCGCGGGCACAGCGAUGCAAUUCAGUUUCACUUUCAGGACGGGCACGCUCCACGCACAGCUGGGACGUGACUGCAAAAUCUGUAUCCUUUGCGAUUCUGCAGCGUUUGUGUGUGUAAUUUGUCCCCGGUGCUGCAUUAGAGCAGCAUCCCUCUGAGUGUGGGAUACCAUGGAGCAGCUAGAAGAGGAACUUACGUGCCCUAUCUGCUGCGGACUCUUCGAGGACCCGAGGGUUUUGCUGUGCUCACACAGCUUUUGCAAGAAGUGCUUGGAAGGACUCUUGGAGGGGAACCGAGGUCCAGCUUACAGAACACCUUUCAAAUGCCCCACAUGCCGCAAAGAGACGCCUCACAACGGCGCCAACAGCCUGCAGAUCAACUACUCUCUGCGCGGAAUAGUGGAGAAGUACAGCAAAAUAAGGGUUAUGCCGAAUCUGUCAAUCUGUAAACAACACUAUGGCCAGCCUCUAAACAUAUUUUGCGCCACGGACUUAAAUCUAAUUUGUGGGUUUUGUGCAACAACAGAUGACCACAAAGGGCAUAAGUUCUGCUCCUUGGAGGAUGCAUAUGAACGAGAGAAAGAGGCGUUUGAUGAGCUGCUUCGCGGGUUGGAGAGCUGGCAGAGCGCAGAUGUCCUGUCCUGCCUGGAGACACUACAAGCCAGUAAGAAAAAGGCGCUUCAGUCAGUGACCAAGGACGCCGAGAAGGUAACUGACUAUUUCGACAAACUUAUCAGUACCAUUGAAUGCAAAAAGAAUGAGAUCCUCUCGGAUUUUGAAACACUGAAGCUGGUGGUGAUGCAGGCGUACGACCCGGAGAUUGCCAAACUGAGCGCAGCGAUGGAAGAGCACAGACGGGCACUCAGCAUCGCUGAGUCUUUCAAGAACGUCGUCGACCCCCUGUGCUUUCUGCAGCAGAUGCAGGAGUUUCGGGAGAAGUUGAAGGUCCUUAAGGAGACUCCACUGCCCUCUCGGAAAGACACGGACGUCGGUCCCCUUGUGCGCAAUUUCGAUGUUAAAAAGUGGGACUCGCUGAGGCUUCGAGAAGUGGACAAGAUCGCUGUCCCCCACGAGAGUGGCUCCUACCGAACGGGGGGUUCACGGAUGGCAGCGCCAAGAUGGAUCACCUUGCUAAUGAGUGUGUUACUGUCAACACUACUCCUGCUGCAGCCGCACACCCUUGCAGCCUACGUGCCCUCGCAGAUUGAACCGCUUCUCGCUGCCGUUUGCUCGCACCUUACUCACACUGGUGUGUACCUGCGGGGAAUGACUGACAUGUACACAAGCUUAAUGGGUGCAGGUCAGGAAUGUAUUGCGACCUUAAUUGACUCUACUGUCAGUUUUAUUGGCAGUUAUAAUUUGUUUUAAUCACUAGCCUGUCGCACCUCUGCCAUGCACUCACAGCUACAAAUUGUGACCCACGAGGUGCUGGUUAAACUGACAGAUCUAUCGAUCCAGAAGUGGAAGCAUUUGUUUACCUAAUUGUUUAUCAUGUCUUUUGCUAUUGCUCCAACCUCAAUGAAGCCAUAGAAUCAAAUAUAAUAAAUCCCUAAUCCAGGUUAUAUAAACGCCAUCGAUGUGCAGUCUCAUUUUUUUUUUUUUUUUUUUUUAAAAACACGUCAGGACCAAUGUACCCCUAUAUCCAGGAUGAUCUUGAUAAAUAAAACAAAUGUAGGCUGAGCUACUUUCAUGUUCCGUUUUUUUUUUUUUUGUGCGAAAUGGCAAAUCAUAGAGAUACAAGCGAGCCGGUGAACUAAGCAAGUGUAAUUAAAAGAAAUAAACAGUGUAAUUCCUGGCCUCUUCCCUGCAGAGCGCGUCCGCACCAUAGUGAUGCUGCAUCCUCUUCAAGGUUACAAACGUUGCAUAACAGGGCCUGUGUGAAAUAUUCACCAGGCUGCAAACACAGUGGAGGAGAAAAAAAAUAAAACACCGUCCAUGAUUAGGUUUUCACGAAACCAUCAAACUGGCAGCUGCAUUUCCCCUUUUACUGAUAAGAAAACGUGGGUAAGGGUACUCGAUUGUCACGCAUGCUGGGCAGUCACUUUAUUUCUACACAAGAUCAAGGCUAUUUGCGGAGAUUCAUGUGACUCAGUCGUUGCAUGACUUGUCCGGCCUAUAAAGUCAAACAUCUGCAGCCUGUUAAGUCAGUCUAUUUUCUGCUAUGGUCGCAAACUCACUUGUAAGCCGAAAGUCAAAAUGCAAUUAUGUGAGCAAUUGGAAGUUAUUCCACAAAUUUUAAAUUCAGGUUAGCUUAGUGAGUCUUGUCUUAAUACA